AUGAAAUCUGCUAUCCUUACUUCGGCCCUCCUGAUCUCUAGUGCCUUUGGUACAGUCGUACCUAGAGCUGAUAAAAAAGUUGAUUACACCGGCUACAAAGUUCUCCGUGUCACAGCGCAGAACAAUGUGAAGGCUCAGGUUGAGAGCUUGGCCGCUCAUGUUCUCAAUCCUGGCAAAGCAGCCGAGUUGGAUGUCGUUGUGUCGCCAGACAACGUUGCCGCUUUAACUGCUCUUGUGGCCGAAAGCAAGGUGCUCAAUGAGGACGUCGGUGCUGCUCUACAAGAAGAGGGUGAAAUGGGGGUCUACGCUGUCCCGAGCGAGAGUUGGUUCACUGCCUACCACCCAUACGCCGAUCAUAUCCAGUUUCUGAGAGAUCUGCAGGCCGGUUACACUGGCAACUCUGAGAUUGUGACACUCGGUACAUCUGUGCAAGGACGCGCCCUAACAGGUAUUCACAUCUGGGGCAGCGGGGGCAAGGGAUCCAGGCCUGCGGUCAUCAUUCAUGGCACAGUGCACGCUAGAGAGUGGAUCACAUCCAUGACCACAGAGUACUUUGCAUGGCAGCUCCUCACCAAGUACGCCUCGGAUGCGAACAUUCGAUCCUAUGUCGACAAGUUCGACUUCUACAUCACCCCCAUCGGAAAUCCCGAUGGCUUCGUGUACUCUCAAACGACUGAUCGUCUUUGGCGCAAAACCCGACAGACUGUCAGUGGAAACACCUGUGUGGGACGGGACAUCAAUCGUAACUGGCCGUACCAGUGGGACGUUCCGGGUGGCGCGUCGACGAACCCUUGUUCGGAGACUUACAAAGGCCAGGCUGCGGGAGACUCGCCUGAGAACCGUGGUCUUAGAACCCAAGUCGAUGCACUGAGGUCCUCGCGUGGGAUCAGGCUCUACCUUGACAUCCAUUCGUAUGGUCAAUAUAUACUGUGGCCUUACGGCUAUAACUGCAAUCUUGUCCCUGAGAACUCGGCCCAGCAUCGUACGCUUGCGACUCGUGCUCAAAGUGCUAUUCAGGCGGUAUCGGGAACUCCGUAUACUGUUGGACCCAGCUGCUCCACGUUGUAUGCUACGACUGGCAGCUCUACCGAUUAUACCGAUGUAGUGGGCAACGCCACCUACUCGUACACGUAUGAGCUUCGCGAUACAGGUAGAUUUGGUUUUGUAAUACCCGCCAACCAGAUCCAACCUACGGUUCGGGAGACUUGGGCUGGUCUCGCCAGCAUGAUUAGAGACGCCUGA